AUGUCCGCAAUCGACCUCUUCACCCAAUACUCCCUCCAUCUCGACCCCUCCAGCAAAGCCAUCACUUACCCACCCCCGUCAACCCCGGCAGUCGACACCGAACUCACGUACCUAAACACCCUCCACCGCUCCCUCCUCUCCCUCGAAACGCCUAACAACAUCCCCCCACCUCCGUUACCCAUAAACCCCAAGCGCAGCGCCCAAAUCACCAAACUCCGCGACACCGCCAACACAGCCUACCGCAAAAACAACCACCCCGAAGCCAUCAAACUCUACACCCUGACCAUUGACAUGGCGCUCUCGCGCCCCGGUUGGGAACCCGUCGCACUGGCGCGCGAGGAGUUAGCUGGGUUGUUUGCGAAUCGCGCGCAGGCGUAUAUGGGUAUGGGGAAGUGGGUGGAGGGGCUUGUGGAUGCGCGGUGUAGUGUUGAGUGUAAGGGGGUGGGGAAUGUGAAGGGGUGGUGGAGGGUUGGGAGGUGUUUGGGGGAGAUGGGACGGUGGGAGGAGGCGAAGAAUGUGAUUGAGAAGGGAUUGGAGCUUGAGGGGAGGGAGGGGGAGGGGGGGAAGGAGUUGUUGGGGCUUUUGGAGGAGGUUGAGGAGGGGUUGAAGAGGGCUGCGGCGAGUUGA